AUGUUUCAGGACCCAGUGGCCUUUGAGGAUGUGACUGUGAACUUCACCCUGGAGGAGUGGGCUCUUCUGAAUCCGUCCCAGAAGAAACUCUACAGAGAUGUGAUGCAGGAAACCCUCAGGAACCUGGCCUCAGUAGGUAAGGAAAAAUGGGAAGACCAUGACAAUGAAGAUCAGGAUGAAAAUUCUGGGACAAAUCUGAGAUGUCAUGACAUUUUUAAAAAAAGAGACUGUAAAAGAAAACAAGGUUGUCAAUGUGGAAAAACCUUCAGCCAGAUUCCAGAUCAUAAUCAGAAGAAGAAAAGUCCUACUGGAAUAAAACUACAUAAAUGCGCUUUGUGUGGACAAGUGUUCAGGCAUCAUUCAUCCUUUAACAAGCACAUGAGAUCCCACACUGGCCACAAACCAUAUGAGUAUCAGGAAUGUGAAGAGAAGCCUCAUAAAUGUAAGGAAUGUGGGAAAUCCUUCAAGCAUCGCCAAUCCAUUCAAAUGCAUGAAAGGACACACACUGGACAGAGGCCCUAUGAAUGUAAACACUGUGGGAAAGCUUUCAUUUGUCACAAUUACUUUCAAAUUCAUGAAAGGGCACACAGUGGGGAAAAGCCCUACAAGUGUACAAAAUGUAGUAAAACCUUUAGUUAUUCAAGUUACUUACGUAAACACGAAAGGACUCAUAUUGGAGAGAAACCUAGUGAAUGUAAGCAAUGUGGUAAAGCUUUCAGUUGUCUCAGGUCCUUUCGAAUACACGAAAGGAUACACAGUGCCAAAAAGCCUAAGGAAUGUACAAAAUGUGGGAAAACCUUCAGUUAUUCAAGUAAUUUAUGUAAACAUGAGAGAAGUCAUAAUGGGGAGAAACCCUAUGAAUGUAAGGAAAGUGGGAAAGCAUUUGGAGAGAAGCCCUAUGAAUAUAAGGAAUGUGGUAAAGCCUUCCUUUCUCCUAGAUCCCUUGAAAAAUAUAACAGAAUACAUAAUGGGAAGAAACCUCAUGAAUGUAAGGAAUGUGGUAAAGCUUUCUGUUAUCCCAGUUUCCUUGGAAAACAUGAAAGAAGUCAUAGCGGGGAGAAACCUGUGAGUGACCAUACUUCUGAUGGUCAAGGAGAAAGAGCUGCUCUAUUUGUCCCCUAUAUACUAGAGUCUGCGGACCCGAGUCGGUCGGUGGCGCCCUUGGGACCUCGGUCCCCUGCGGCGCGCGGCUUGGGUGCUGGGCCGGCAGCGGGCACCCUGGCGUCCGGGCUGCUCCGUCCUGUGCGCGGCGACUUCGGCCCCGGAUCCUCAGGGCAGCUCUGCGCCCGCAGCCGCGUCUCCUCCAGUUGA